AGUCGUCUAGAUAUGAAGCUCCCAAUGCUCUGGCCGCUUUGUUUUGUUUAUCAACAAAACAAUUCGAAACACAUACACGUUGUCCCGACACCCACAUAGAACACUUUACUUUAUCUGCCAAAAAGCACAAUUCUAUUUCGUACACAAUCAAUUUAAUGCACUGCUAAACAAAAAUUCGCCAUGGCCGAUGAUGAAGAUAAACCAAAAAAGCACACCCUAGACUCACUCUUCCUGGUGUAUUGCAAUUUCCAGGUUAUACCCACGGACAUUGAAAACGAGGUCUUUGACAGCAUACUCCUCUCUCAACUGGAUGCCUGGCUGGAGCAAGCUAAGCUUAUGCCGAAUCCUAUCACUCGAACCCAAACUGGUCUCAUCUAUAUGCGAUACAAAAAAUGGCGCUUGGAGUAUGAAGACUUUCUGGAGGUUCUCAACAACUUGGCCUCUGAUAACGACCUACUUAUAGACGAAAUGAAGCAGACAAUGGUCGAUGCCGGAGUCCCAAGUGGCGCCGAUAUGGUCGUAGUCGUCAAAUAGAUGGUCUAGUGCAUCCCAGUGGUUCAUUUAUUUACAUAAAAAAGUAUGCAUUCAACAAUCAAAUUUUCGACAGUAACAAUUACAUAAAUAUAAAUCAUUUUGAUUAGUUAAA